UGAGCCAGCCUUGGUCUCUGAACCUUGAGAAUGCCAAUUUGGCUGAACUGGCUGGUAGACAGGUAAGCCACAGAGAUCCACUUGUGUCUGCCUCUCCGGUGCUGAGGUUACAGGCCUAGGUCUUCACAGGUAGCUUUCUAUGUGAGUGAUGGGAAUCCAGACUCGGGUUUUCAUCCUGGUGUGGCCCGUGAUUUACUGACUAAGCCACCUUCCCACCCCCUCUUCUCCUCCUCUUACCCCCUGUGGUGGUUUGAAUAGGUAUGGCCCUAUAGAUGAACGGGUUUGAAUGCUUGGCCCAUAGGGAGUGGUACUAUUAGGAGGUGUGGCCUUGUCUGAGUAGGCGUGGCCUUGGAGAAAAUGUGUCUCUGUGAGGGAGGGCUUUGAAGUUUCCUAGGUUCGAGCUACGUCCAGUGUGGUAUACAGUUUCCUUCUGCUGCCUGUGGAUCCAGAUGUAGAACUCUCGGCUCCUCCAGCACCAUGUCUGCCUGUACACCGCCAUGCUUUCUUCUAUGACAACAAUGGACUAAACCUCUGAAACUGUAAACCAACGCUAACUAAAUGUUUUUCUUUAUAAGAGUUGCUGUGGUCCUGGUGUCUCUUCCAGCGAUGAAACCCUAACAAAGGGCUCACCCCUCCUCUCUCCUUUACUUUCUGCCUUGGAAGAUGUGCUACAGUUAACAAGGACCUUCACAUGGCAUGUUGAGGCCCUGAAGGGUUUCCUAUAACCCCAGCAUACAAAGCUACUCAACUAGACCCCGUGUCAGCCUGGAAGAGUGGGGCCUGUCAUUACCCUGUCAUGAACACUCCUGGACUGAGGAAGUACAGCAUAACUGCCUCAUUAGCAGGAUCUAAAGUUGCAAAAGAAUGGCGCAGCAUGGCUCCCAUCAGAUGGCAAAGCCGGAACAGCCCAGGAGAAACAGGAGCUCAUUUACAUGGCAGUCUUCCUCGUGGGAUAACUCCUGAAUACGCCAGUGAGAAGGAUGCAGAAAAGCUCAGUCUCCUCCCGGGAAGAAAGAACAAAGCCUCAAGGAAGCUGGGCCUGACUCUAACAACCUUUGUGCUCAGGGACCAGCUCUCCUCCCUUGGCAGCGUUCGAAAGUUAGAGAAGAUGGUCCCCACAUUCCUUUCUAUCUCUCAAGUUCUGCCUUGUCACUUUGGGGAGCUCUGUUUGAUGAUUCAGGAAAAAAAAUGCAUAGACUAUUUCAGCAGUCCUCAUACUGUGAGUUGUGAUUUAUUUGGGAUUGAACUACACUUUCACAGGGGCUGUGUAAGACUACCUGAAAUAGUUGAGGAAUUAAAAGAAGACCUUGUUACUCCUUCCAAAAUUGCACAUCUUCUGGCAUUGAAGGCCUGGUCUCCAGUCUGUGAGGCUCUUCCAGGAUACAGUGGACUUUCAGGAGCAGGAGCCGGUAGGCGCGAGCUUAGUGCCGGGUCACGCCGGGAGCCAGAGAAACUACAACUCCCGUCAGCCCCCGCGGCCGCCGGGCCCCACCCCACCUCCCGCUCAGCCCGCGGCGGAGGCGCUGGGCUUUCAUCCGCGGAGCGGCGGGAGCGGGACGCUUCACGGCGGUCGUCUCCGACGGUCGCGCGUGAGUCGGCAGCAGCCUCGGCCCCGUUCAGCCUCUGA